AUGGCCGGAAUUAUACCUAAAGCAGGCAAUGUGUUUAUAUCCAGUGUCAUUGGCAUUAAACUACUGAGAGUAUACUCGUCAUGGACAGUUGCAGGUUUUUCUGCCGUAUCUCAAGGUCAUGACUCGGACCUGCACUGCCAACAGACGUCUUCGGGAAGAGACACUCGCAAACCUAUCGCCGCAAAGAGGGAGCAUUUAACGGCAGACGCAGCCUGCAAAGAGUUCUGUAACCGCUCGGAAGUCCAGCUGGCAUUGGAGUCCCUAGAUGGAUUCCUGCUGGUCGUCACAUCCGACGGUACGAUUCUGUACUCGACUGAAAACAUCUCCAGUCACCUUGGGUUCCACCAGGUGGAUUUGGUUCAUCGGUGUCUCUAUGGCAUCAUUCAUCCCGACGAUCAUCAUGAACUCAAAGUGGUACUCGAGCAGACGUUGGUACCCACUAGCUGCCACUCACACUCACAGCUUGAUAUGGCAUAUGGAGUCAACUGUGGAGUGGAUGAGCAGGGUACCAGUGACUCCAGUAAGGUGUCAUUCCUGUGUAGGAUGAAAUGUUUCAAUGGGACCAGCACAGGGUUUGUGAAAAUGCACUGCUGUGGUACGAUGCGUUCGUUUCCCGGUGCCAUCAAGUCGAGUCGUACAUCGUGUCAGGUUCUAUUCCUAGCCUUCAGACCCUUUGCAUCUCUUGCACAAGAUACCGACAUUGAGUUCAAGCAGAACAUCUUCUGGAGCAAACAUGAAAUGGAUCUUAGAGUCAAGCUUCUAGACACAAGAGCAAAUGACAUUCUAGGAUUUGACCCGAGUGAACUGGAAGGAAGGUCUCUUUAUGAGCUGAUUCACCCCAACGACCUCGCUGCGAUGUACACCUGCCACAAAACAUUGAUGGACACAGAUGAGAACCACACCCUGUAUUUCCGUCUGAUAAAGAAGGAUUUAUCCUGGGUUUGGCUUCACACGAGGGCAAAGGUCAUGGUGAAAAACUCACGCAAGAACUGCAUCAUAUUCACCCACUGCCCAGUCAGGGAGACAGACAGUUCAUAUCUUCAGCAGGAAGCAAGAGCGAGAGCGAGGUACGGUCUCGAUGAAUACCUCAAGAUGCGACACCAGGGCCAGAGUGGUGUAGAAGGAGGAGAGCCAUCAACAUCUAGUCCCCAACAGACAGACUGUAACCAGACUAAACGACGAUGGACAAGUAACGAUACAUACGUUGUUGCGAGUCAGAGUCCAUACAAGCUGAAGGAUGAUUACUCGGCAUCGCUCCACAGUCCCCACGGGGCGUGUCCCUCGAGCUACCACCAAUCCUCAGAUCGACACUCCCCUGUCUACCCCUCAACCUACGCCCCACAUCGUUAUCAGAAAGCCACUCAAGGGAUCCACAGCACUUUAGAGAAGGUGUCGCACGAGCGUGAAGCGCCCCCGAUGAAUGUUAACUUCUACGACUAUGCGCACACGUCGGAGGACUUUCUACACACUGCACCUCUGCACCCGAAUCCCCAGCCACAUCCAGCAUUGUCGAUGUAUCAGAUGGUCGCCCAUCUACCGCCCGAGAUGUACGACGUGGACUCGUACCGCAAGCACGCCCUCAUGUUCAUGGAGAACCCUCAUCAAAUGACAGGUGGGGGUAUGGUGUCGGGUUACCAUCAUCACUUAUCUCAGUAUCAACUCCCACUAACCCCACAGACCUCUCCUCAGUCUUUCUACUCUCAGGGGCACUACGCCUCGCACUACCCCGAUCACCUCACACCAGGGCACACCUCUGCACCAGAAACACUCUCCCCGCCCCCCUCGCCCACUAGAAGUUUCAAAUCAGCAGCAUGCAUGUACUCAAACAGUUGCACUCAAAUGGACGGUUGUAACAAGGGGGCGGACUCUCUCCAUCAAGGGGACUGCUGCAAAACCGAGCACUACGCCUCGUACGUAGUCAAUGGUGCUAUGCAACUGAAACUGCUGGACAGCUUAUCCUACCCACGCACCCAGUACCCGAAUGGCUAUUGUCAUGAGUACCCGCAUGGGGACCAGUAUACCUCAGAGCACAGCUACACUUAUGCCAACCAGUACGAGCCAGAAGUUGAACUUAAACCAUUCCAAAGAAUGGACAGUAGUGUUCCUCAUAAAAUGACUAGCGCCCUCUGUAGUCCGACAUCCUACCCCGAGAGCCCUAUGGGCAUCAAUACACAUGACCGUGAUAUCCUGUGUGAUAGAGUAUUCCAUGACAGGGAAAGAUUCUUACCCUGUGCAUUAGCCAAUACGAGGAAUGGUUGUCUGGCUCCCAAGCUACCCCUAACCAACGAAGUCCGAAUCAUCAGUCCGGUUUCAUCGUUACCCCCCAUCGGGAGUUUUCUGGACUUUCUAAAUGAGGAUGCACCUCCAGCUGCAGAAAGCUGCUAAGGAAAAGCAGAGCUUUCUUUGAGGGAAAACAAAGUAGAGGAGAGUGUCAUUAAAAUACUACUUGGAGCUAAGUUGACCCAUCUACCGAAAUUCCCCAAAUCGUAUCAAUUUUUUUGGUUCAAAGAGAUACAGUUCUUUACCACUAAGGGAGAAAUGCACAGUUUAAGGGAAGGUAUACAUUUAGUAAUCGCUAAAAGUAAUCAAAACUAACUUGGUUCGAAGAAGUACAGCAGCUUUCAAAAGUAUUGAAGCAUUUCGAGAAUAGUUUCACUUUGAAACCCCCCAAAUUUAAAUAUGAGAAGCGUUACUGUCAGAACCGUCUCUCAGAUUGUCUAUUCCAAUAUGGAUAAUUCUUGCUGCGUGACGCAAUGUUCCUGAUUUUUGGGCGAUAUCUCAAAAACGCAAUCACCUUUGUUAUGAAAUUUGCACAGGUUAUUUUUAUUGUAUAUCUAUAAUUGUAUAGGAUGAAAACAAUACAACAGUUUCAAGCAGUCACUCAAAGUUGAACACCGGCUUACCCCGAAAAACCUCAAAUAACUCUUGAGGCUUACUUCGAGUACCUCAUGUUUAACUUUGCAUUCCUCCUAACCUCACCACCUUUCCGGUUACAACCUUGUAACCAACAAACAGGAAUUCAUUUGUUCAGGUGAAUCUCACAAGAACUUUAUGUUGUCUUGAAAUUAAUUGAAACAAAAGUUUAAAUUCACUUUCUUUCUUUUUUAAAUCCGUGUCAAGGUACUGUCCACAUAUCUGUUCACAUCUGUUUGAUAUUCAGACGAUUAUUAGUUGUAAUUUUUGAUGCACAUUUUAUGGAAAAGUUUUGUUUUUUUGUACUUUGUGAAAAACUUUAUUAAGUGGAUAUAGUAUUUAUAUGUGUAUAUAUAUAUGUAUGAAAUUAAGUAUAAGAAAGUGCCAAAGAUAUAGUUAUAAUGUGCACGCAGUCAAUGUGUGUUUAAGGUACUAAGUUAGAGUUUAUUUAAUGAUGUGUAAAUAGUACAGUUUCUUUCAGUUCGAAAGGAACCGGUCAUCGAGACAGCCGUUUUAUUUUGUUCAGAGAAAAAUUGGGCACAAAGUUCUAGUCUUUCCCAAAGUUUGUUUCAUGCGGGUACAUCAUAAUUCUUGAAUAAUUUUGGGUUGAACAAAGAAAACAUUUCUAUAAUAAUAAUAAUAAUAUUGAAGUCUU